AUGGCUGCGCGUGUGGCUGCAAGGUACGGAUCUAGAAGGCUGUUUAGCAGUGGUUCUGGAAAAAUACUUAGCGAAGAGGAAAAGGCUGCAGAAAAUGCUUACUUUAAGAAAGCUGAGCAAGAGAAGUUGGAAAAACUUGCUCGCAAGGGUCCUCAACCAGAAGCAGGCUCAGGGGGGUCAGUAAUUGAUGCCAAACCAAGUGAUUCAGGACACACUGGAUCAUCAGCUGACAGAGUUUCAACUGACAAGCACCGGAAUUAUGCAGUUGUAGCUGGCACCAUAACAAUUCUUGGGGCUUUAGGGUGGUACCUUAAAGGCACUUCAAAGAAGCCAGAAGUGCAGGAUUGA